AUGAAUGUAGAAAAUCACAACGAUUGUGUUGUAAUGUAUAAUGAUGACAGACCAAUUCCAACACUUCCAAAUGAGUUAACUGCCUUAGUAUUUGAAAGUCUUGAACAAAGCAUAAAAAUUAAAAUUGCCAGAGUUUCUAAAGUUUGGAAUGCUUUUAUUUAUUCACCUAUAUUUUGGAAAAAAGUCAUUUUGUACGAUGCAAGUAAAUUCCAAACCGGAACAUUUGAACGUUUAAAACUAGUUGAAGAAUUAGAUGCUAGAGGUAGUAAUUUAACUGAUGCAUUUAUUAAAACGUUGGUUACUGGAUCAGCAGGAACAACAUUAAAAGUAUUGGAUAUUUCUGUUAACAAGAUUACAAAUGUAUCAAUUCUAUUCAUUGGUCUUCAUUGUUGCAACUUAAUGAAAAUUUUUAUUGAAGGUUGCCCAGAAGUUACAGAUAUUAGACCUUUAAAACUUUUGGUCAAUAAUUUAUCAGUUAUAAUAACAUCAUAUUGUGAAGAUAUUUCAGAUGCUUCAAUUUUUCAAUUAUCAUCAGCAUUCAGUAAAAGCCACUUAACAAAAUUAGAUUUAGAUGGAUGUAUUUUAAUAAGUAAUGAUGGUAUAAAAGAAAUUUCCAAGCACCUUAAUAAGUUGAAAUAUUUGGUAAUAGAUGGAAAAGGAAUUGUUGAUGAAUCUAUAGUUUCAAUUUUUAAAAAUUGUAAUGAAUUAGCUUUAUUUUCAAUGUCAUUUUGUGAACUAUUGACUGAUAUAACUUUAUAUGAAAUAUUAAAUAAUCUAAAUUCAAAUCUACUAUUUUUACGAUUGCGUAAGGGAAUAAAUUUCACAAAAUAUGGGUUUAAUGAUUUUUUUAAAGGAUUGAUGAUAAGAAGACAUUCUUUUCGCUCACUUGAUUUUUCUGAAUGUCAAAAUAUUUCUGAUUUAUCUUUAAAUUUUUUUUCACAACCUUUUCUAAAAUGGUUAAGUUUAGAUUGGUGUUGGGAUAUUACGGAAUCUUCUAUUUUAAAGAUAAUCGAAGCAUCACCAAAUUUGGAAGAAUUGAUGCUUACAGGUUGUAAUAUUAGUUGUGAGUCAUUGACUGAAAAAGAAUUUAAAAAUUUAAAAAUAUUAAAUCUUUGGUCAUGUAGAAAUGUAGAACCUGAAAUUAUAAAAACAAUAUGUAAAAACAAUAAAAGCUUAUAUAUUGUGGAUUAUUAUGGAGAAGUGGAAGGGAAAGAAGAUGGGGAUUAUUAUGUAUAG